CUGAACGAAAGCUAUGAAGCUUCUUUUGUUGCUAAAGAAAUUUUAUAAUCAGAAAGCGCAAGUUAUUUGUAAAAAUGAAUGAAAUAAACAUAAAUAUAGAAGGUUAUAACGUGAAUGGAAUAUGCGUGGGGUGUUUAAACUAUAAUCGUCGAAUGUUUUACAAUUCAGACAUCAAAGAAUGUUUUCGACUGCUUGGAAAUAUUGAUGUGCCAGACGGUUUAGAAAUCCAGGUGUGCUGGGAAUGCCUGGCGCGUGUCAAGUCUGCCAUCAGAUUUAGGAAGCAGAUACUGCAGUCUUACGACUUCUUAAUCAAAUAUUCUAAAGAGCAUACCUUCUUGGACUCUCCGCACGAUUUUGAACCGCACGCAACUAAAUCUUUACUUAAGACAGAAGUUUUUGUUGAACAAGUAAAGGAGGUGAAAGAAGGUGUCGAAGACGAGAAAGAAGUACUGGUCAAAGAUGAGGAGCACCAACUGGAGUAUACUUUUGGCAAUGAUGAACGUCACCCGUCCUCUUCAUCUUCUGAUCCUGAAGAUACUAGUCAAAACCCUUUAACCAUACUAUGGGAAGUUCAUGAUAAUGAAAACGAAGUCCAAAAAAUAUCUGAUCCCCUCGCUGAAGAUGAAAGCAAUCACUCUAGUUCAGAAAUAUUAUUUAAAGUCGAAGAGGUGUUAGAAGGCUCUAAUUUAAAUGGAGCAACUUCACCUACUUUAGAACUGUUAAUGCCAUCAUCAUGUAUCCAAUCUUGCGACACUGAAUUAUCUCCUAAACAUAUAGGUAUAGAUAGCCAUAAAAAUUCAUCUACUUCUGACAAGAGAACGACAAGAAAACGAGUGAGACAUACAGAAGAAUGGCAGGAUGUGAAACGUAAACGUCUUAGGAAUUUAGGAAAGAAAUACAUAACGAAAAAAGGCAAAGAAGUAGAUGAAAAAUCUAUGGGCGCACCUUGCAAAUGUCACUAUAAAUGCUAUGACAGAAUAUCUGAAGAACAAAGAUUAGAAUGCUUUCAACAUUUUUGGCAACUAGGAGAUAGAGUGCAGCAGUGGCAUUUCAUUAUAAAAUAUACAGAGAAAAUGAAUAAAAAACGGUGUACGAAUAUCCAUAUUGAUAACCGUAGAAAAUACACUUUUAAAUAUUAUCUGCCGAUACUUGCCGGUUCUAGCGAAGCGACCAGUUCUAGCAAAGUCCACAAUUCUAGCGAUACAACCAUUUCUAGGGAAACCGACUGCGAGAAAACUGCAGUAUGCCAAAUUAUGUUUAUAAAUACUCUCGCCAUUUCUGACCGCAUAAUAAAGACUGCUUGGGCGAAGAAUAACGGAACUGCUAAUUUAGAAGACAGACGAGGUCGUCAUGGGAAUCGAAUCCGUAAGAAAAUUAGCGUUUGUGAAGAAAUACAAAUGGAUGAAAAGCCCCAAGAAAUAACGACUGACAUCUCCGAACUAAAUAACAUGUCUGAUCCUCUUACAGAAGAUGUUGAUAGCAAUGACUCGAGUACGUUUUCUUUGGAAGUUUCUCAAAGUAUGGAAAACUCACAGGUAAAGCUUGAAAAGCUAAUAGAGGACGCUCUAAUGAAUGAAUCAACUUCAGAACUUUUAGUGUCAACUCCCAUACCAUCUCCUGCCAAUAGCGAAUCCAUCUGCGACAGUGGACUCUCUCUUAAUCUUAAUACAAAAGUAGAUACCACUAAAAAGUCAUCUACUUCUGACAAGAGAACGACAAGAAAACGAGUGAAGCGUACAGAAGAAUGGCGAGAUGUAAAACGUAAACGUCUUAGAAAUUUAGGAAAGAAAUACAUAACGAAAAAAGGCAAAGAAGUAGAUGAAAAAUCUAUGGGAGCACCUUGCGAAUGUCACUAUAAAUGCUAUGACAGAAUAUCUGAAGAACAAAGAUUAGAAUGCUUUAAACAAUUUUGGCAACUAGGAGAUAGAGUGCAGCAGUGGCAUUUCAUUAUAAAAUAUACAGAGAAAAUGAAUAAAAAAUCGUGUACGAAUAUCCAUAUUAAUAACCGUAGAAAAUACACUUUUAAAUAUUAUCUGCCGAUACUUGCCGGUUCUAGCGAAGCGACCAGUAGCAAAGUCCCCAAUUCUAACGAUACACCCAGUUCUAGCGAAACCGAUUGCGAAAAAAUUGCAGUAUGCCAAAUUAUGUUUAUAAAUACUCUCGCCAUUUCUGACCGCAUAAUAAAGACUGCUUGGGCGAAGAAUAACGGAACUGCUAAUUUAGAAGACAGACGAGGUCGUCAUGGGAAUCGAAUCCGUAAGAAAAUUAGCGUUUGUGAAGAAAUGCAGAUGGAUGAAGAGACCCUAGAAAUAACGACUGACAUCUCCGAACUAAAUAACAUGUCUGAUCCUCUUACAGAAGAUGUUGAUAGCAAUGACUUGAGUGCGUUUUCUUUGGAAGUUUCUCAAAGUAUGGAAAACCCACAGAUAAAGCUUGAAAAGCUAAUAGAGGACGCUCUACUGAACGAAUCAACUUCAGAACUUUCAGUGUCAACUCCCAUACCAUCUCCUGCCAAUAGCGAAUCCAUCUGCGACAGUGGACUCUCUCUUAAUCUUAAUACAAAAGUAGAUACCACUAAAAAGUCAUCUACUUCCGACAAGAGAACGACAAGAAAACGAGUGAAGCGUACAGAAGAAUGGCGAGAUGUUAAACGUAAACGUCUUAGAAAUUUAGGAAAGAAAUACAUAACGAAAAAAGGCAAAGAAGUAGAUGAAAAAUCUAUGGGAGCACCUUGCGAAUGUCACUAUAAAUGCUAUGACAGAAUAUCUGAAGAACAAAGAUUAGAAUGUUUUAAACAAUUUUGGCAACUAGGAGAUAGAGUGCAGCAAUGGCAUUUCAUUAUAAAAUAUACAGAGAAAAUGAAUAAAAAACGGUGUAUGAAUAUCCAUAUUGAUAACCGUAGAAAAUACACUUUUAAAUAUUAUCUGCCGAUACUUGCCGCUUCUAGCAAAGUCCACAAUUCUAGCGAUACAACCAGUUCUAGCGAAACUGACUGCGAGAAAAUUGCAGUAUGUCAAAUUAUGUUUAUCAAUACUCUGGCCAUUUCUGGCCGCAUAAUAAAGACUGCUUGGGCGAAGAAUAACGGAACUGCUAAUUUGGAAGACAGACGGGGUCGCCACGGGAAUCAUAGAGUCAUUAAGAAUACCGCAAUGGAAAAUAGCGUUUGUGACCAUGUCCGGACAUUUACACCAUCUAGAUCGCUUCGCAGAAAGAGCCAAAAAAUCUAUUUAAAAGACCUAAAUUUGACAAAAAUGUUUAAGUUGUACCUCAACUGGUUUGACCCCAAAAAAUAUCUCAUAAGGAACGUGGACAUAAAAGAAGAAGCACUAGAAGAUACAUAUUUUGAGGAUAUACCAGGGAAAAAUGAGGUGUCUUCCGAUGAGGAUGUCCAGCUGUCCAAACUUAAAGAGGAGACAGAACGAGACAAGAAGAGAAAGAAGAGUGAAAAGAAGAAGCAAAAGUUAGCCCCAAAAAAAGAUAAACAGAAGAAAGAGAAAAAUGUUGAAAAGAAGAAUAGGAAAUUAAAGAAUCUACCGGGAGAUUUAGUAGAACUGUACACAAUGUCCAAUGAUGAGAUGUGGGUGAUACGGUGGGAGGACCUGAACAGCAAGGAGUUUCAGAAACUUAAAUACAGGUGUGAUACUUGCAUCAUAGCAUUUAAUACAGAGAAAUUAAUGCAAGACCAUUUAAAUGGAAAACAUCAGCCGAAAGGUGAGAACUGUCACCAGUGUCCAAUUUGCGAGGCAUAUUUCCUAACUAAAGAUAAUUUGUCCGCUCAUAAAGCGUUGCACCAGCAAGGGUACAAGUGCAAGGAGUGCGGCUUCAAUACUGGGUUAAAGAAGCGUAUGAUGAAGCAUGUAGGUGAACAUAAGACUGGAGAUAGCUUUACUUGCAGCUCUUGUGGGUCUAGUUUUAGAGUAAUCCACGACGGUCUAUCCUACCCCUGUCCAAUAUGCGGCAAACUGUUCCAAUGGAAGCGAAAUCUCUACCGACACACUCGCAACCAUAGAGAGAGAGCCGCCGGCGCUCUACAUGAAUGUAGAGACUGUGGCAAGACAUUCGCUAGUAGAGAUUGCUACAAUAAUCAUAUGCGACUGAGCAAGCGACAUGUUGCUGAUGAAGCGCUCCAACACGCUUGCACAUACUGCGAUAAGAAGUUCCCGACAAAAUGGUGUCUUACUGACCAUGUGGAUUGGGAUCAUCUCAAGCGCAUCAAAUAUCAAUGUAGCUCCUGUUUUAAACCCUUUAAAACUGCUAAAAUAUUGGUCGCCCAUGUGAAGAAUAUUCACGAGGGCAAGAAGAAAGAAGUCGAGGGUGAACACCUAUGCGAAAUAUGCGGGAAAUCUUACAGGACUGUAAAACGGCUCAAAGGCCACGUGUGGGCGAUGCACACGAAGCGAUCAAACAGCAAGGUAUACAAGUGCAAGCUCUGUCCGGCUACAUUCAUGUGGCAGACCAGUAUAUACAAGCACAUGAAGAUGAUGCACGAUAAUAAGAAGGCUAAGACACAACGGGCCGCCCCACCAGUGAAAAAAGAAGAGCCUUACCCGGGAAUCGAACUAGCGAACCGAAUGCAAUAUUUCCAACAAAAUCUUUCAGGCAAUCUCAACAUAGUACAUAUACAACCAAUUGAAAUUGGACAGAAUAUAGUUUUUAAAUAAAUAUGUGAUCGACUGACAUG